AUGACCAACGCAAUUUCCCCGGCCACAGUGGCCCGUGUGCCAAUCCCCGUCAAUGGCGUCGACUACCGCAACAAGAUCGUUCUAGCACCAAUGGUGCGCUCCGGCGAACUCCCCUCGCGCCUCCUAGCAUUGAAGUACGGCGCAGACCUAGUCUGGGGCCCUGAAACAAUCGAUCGAUCCCUCAUCGGUGCAGAGCGACGCAUCAACCCGCGCAACGGCACAGUCGAAUUCACACGUAUGCCCUCAAACGGCGGCCGCCCCGACAAACCAGCCAAAGCUUCAAUCAUCUAUCGCAUCGACCGAAGCCGCGAAGCAGGCCGUCUCAUUUUCCAAAUGGGAACCGCAAACCCAGAACUAGCUGUGAAAGCCGCUACCAUGGUGGCAGCCGAUGUAGACGGGAUCGAUGUGAACUCUGGCUGUCCCAAACCAUUCAGCACCUCCGGCGGCAUGGGCGCUGCCCUCCUCCGCACACCCGACCUCCUCGUCUCGAUCCUCGAAGCCCUCGUCAAAGAAGUAGGCGAGCCUUUCAAAAUCGGCAUCUCGGUCAAGAUCCGCAUCCUCGCCGAACAGGAGGAAACUCGCGCUCUUGUCUCCCGUCUCGUUAGAACGGGUAUCACAGGCCUGACUGUCCAUUGCCGCACAACGCCAAUGCGUCCCCGUGAGCGCGCAAUCCGUGAUCAACUCCGCAUGGUGGCGGAGAUCUGUCACGAAGCUGGUGUGGCUUGUGUCAUGAACGGCGAUGUCACGUCGCGUGAUCAGGGACUCGCGCUCAUGAGCGAGUACGGCGUUGACGGAGCAAUGAUUGCUACCUCUGCCGAGACGAAUUCGUCCUGUUUCCGUGCUGAGAAGGACGGUGGUGUUGCGGAUUGGAGAGAGGUUGUCUAUGAAUAUCUGAAGCUCUGCCUGGAGGUUGAGAACCGACUGGGCAACACGAAGUAUCUGAUGAAUAUGUUGAUCCCUGGAAAGAACAAGGAAUUCAAGGAGGCCAAGCAAUGCAAGACUUAUCUUGAUAUCUGUCGCAGUCUGGGCUUCGAUGAUUUGGUUCCCACAGCUAUGCGUGUUGAUGAGAUCUUGGACCUCUCACAGAAGUGGGAGUCUGUUCCUGCUUCUGCCCCUGCUUCUGCGCAUUUAGCUGAGACCUCUGAGGGCAAGUCCAAGGCUGUGCAGCAUGCUAUGGAGUCCGAGGCUGCUCGUGCCGCUGGUGGUGGCCCUGCGAGGUCUAAGGCUACUCCUGCUGUGCAAAAUGGCUGUGGUCCCAUCCGCAGGACUUCUCAGCCUGAGCAAAAGGCCAAGGUUGAUGAGCAGCCCGCAGUUGAUGCCGCUGUUCCUCCUCCCGUGGAUACUCAGCCUCAGACUCAGACUCAGCCUCAGGUGGCCGCUUAA